AUGGCGUUCCAGAACGGCACCUCAUCGACCUGUCUCGAGCAGCCCAUUGAACUCCAAGACGUCUCAAAUUACAUCUCUAAACCUCAAAAUGCCCAAAUCGCCACUUCGAGUAACACGGGCGGCUUGCGACUUUCAGAUACCAAAGGCGCCCAAGAAAGCGACCCGAUAGAAAAUUUACCGUCCCCAACGACCCAAUCAGCAGCCAAGUUGGAGCAAUGGAACCACCCUCGAUCGAAUUUCUUCAAGACCUCGGCGGCGUUCUGGAGUUUCGUCGUUAUGGGGAGCAAUGAUGCAGCGUAUGGAGCUUUGAUACCUUAUUUGCAAGAGUACUAUAGCCUCACUUUCGUCGUCAUAUCGCUAGUGUUUUUAUCUCCACUUGUCGGCUACACGGCUUCCGCAUUGUUGAACAACACCAUUCAUCUCAAGUUUGGCCAGAGAGGUGUUGCGGUCAUAGCACCGACGUGUCAUCUAAUCGCGUAUGUGGUUAUCGCGGUGCAUCCUCCAUACCCGGUGCUCGUCGUCAUUUUCAUGCUGGCUGGCUUUGGUAAUGGUCUUGCUGAUGCUGCAUGGAAUGCCUGGAUGGGUAACAUGGCGAAUCCGAACGAAGUGCUGGGUUUCCUACACGCCUUUUACGGUGUAGGUGCAGUGCUUUCUCCCUUGAUAGCAACAACCAUGAUCACAAAAGGGAGCAGACUGCCCUGGUACACGUUCUACUAUGUCAUGAUUGCCAUGGCAGUCAUCGAAUUAGCGACCUCGACAGCAGCUUUCUGGCGCGAGACCGGUGACAAAUUCCGUGCAGCCAACCCAAGAACCAGUGGUACGAAAGACAAUCGGAUGAAGGAGGCACUCCUCCGUCUCCCGCAUGCACGCGUCACAUGGCUCUGUGCACUCUUCUUACUCGGAUACGUGGGUAUUGAAGUUGCGCUUGGUGGCUGGAUAGUCAAAUUCAUGCUCGAAGUGCGUGAUGGUGAGGACUUUGCGAGUGGAAUGGUAGCGACUGGGUUCUGGAUGGGGAUUACUGUGGGAAGGAUUGUGCUGGGCUUUGUGACGCCAAGGAUAGGGGAAAAGUUGGCUAUUACCAUCUACCUACCCAUCACAAUGGCCCUCGAACUUAUCUUCUGGCUCGUCCCCCAAUUCUACGUCUCGGCCGUUGCAGUAAGCUUCCAAGGGUUCUUCCUCGGUCCAUUAUUCCCUGCUGUCGUUGUCGCCGCUACGAAGCUUCUACCACGCCAUCUACAUGUGGGUGCGAUUGGUUUUGCGGCAGCUUUUGGUGGGAGUGGAGCUGCCAUCUUCCCCUUUGCGGUUGGAGCUAUCGCGCAGGCGCAUGGUGUACAGGUUCUGCAGCCGAUUAUUCUGGCGCUAUUGGGCGUAAUUUUGGUGUUGUGGCUCGGGUUGCCAAGGAUACAUAAGAAGGAGGAGUAA